AUGUCCGACUCCGACGAGUGGAAUGCGGGAGCAGAGGAGGAGGACGAUGAUGAUGACGACGAUGAUUCGGACGCAUCCGUAGACUCCGACGACGCAUCGGACAGCUCGGGCGCCAAGAAGCGGCGCCGCAAGCCCGCGCCGGCCGCGCCCCGAUCCCGCGCCCCCUUGCGCGGCCGCGGCGCCGCGGCUGGGAGCGCGCGCAAGCCGGCACGGCCGCCAGCCAAGCGGCGACGCAAGAACGACGACAGCGACGAGAGCAGCGAGCAGUCGGACGAGGAUGCUGCCUCUGACGACGACAGCGGUGGCUUCGCGCCCAAGCGGCGCCGCACGCCUGCGCCAAAGCGCAAGACGCCCGCAGGCAAGGCGCCGGCCGCCAAGCCACCCGCGGCGCGGCGCAGGGGCAGCGGCGGCGGCGCGCCGCGACGCCGAGCGGCGUAUGAGGGUGACUCAGAGCUUGAUGAAUCUGAGCCGUCCAGCCUAGGCUCUGAUUUUGAAGAGGACAGCGGCUCAGGCGGGGGCGGCCGGCGCGGCGGCGGCGGCGCCCCCGCAAAGCGCAGGGCUGCGCCCGCAAAGCAGCAGCGCAGGCCGGACGCCACGCCGGCCGCGGCGCCGGUGCAGCGGGCGGAGCUGCAGCAGCAGGGCGCGGUGGAGGCGGCGCGGGCGGCCGCGGCGCCGCCUAAAAAGCGUCGGCGCCGCUGCCAGCAGCGGCGCCAGUGCCUGUGUCACUACAGCAGCAGCAGCAGCAGCAGGCCGCGCCGCAAGAGGCGCCGACGCCGCAGCGGCGCCGCAUGGUGUUGA